UUUUCUACAAAGUGUAAAUAGUAUUCUUGUUGCUGGGGCAAGUAAACAAUUUUCAUACUGCCUGUUUUCUGCAUACCUGAUUUUAUUUCAUUUUCACCGGCUAUGUUUUGUGCAAUUAUAUAAGAAAAGUAGUAAAGUACAGAGCUCAUUUAUCGUAUUGGAAUGGGAAAUGGGCAUCAGCUUAACUUAAGGAGCCUUUUCAAAAGUUGACAAGAUUGAAAAGAUUUAUUUUUUUUGACAAUCAUUGAAAAAUGAGUGCUCAGUAUACUCAUAGACGCGAUAAAGAAGAUGACAAAUACAGUGAUGACUUUGCAAGUGAUGAAGACCAAAGAACACCAACACCCCAGAAAGAAUCCUCAUCAAGAAGAAGUGCCCAUCAUCAGUACUACCAAGACAGAUAUGGCGAGGCACAGGAAGAGAGGAACAAUAGUAACACUCUAGCCAUGCCAAAUAUUCUUACAAGCCUCAACGCCCAGACUACUGAUACUUUGUGUCCAAUGAAAAAUGCUGUCACUGUUCGAGGCAAGGGGAAAGUGUAUGGUGGGGGACGAGGGAGAGGAAGGGGAGCUAAACGACGGGGGAACAGCCGAUCCAGCGAGCCAGCUGACAUGAAGAAAGGUCAUGACUCCGUCACAGCCAGAGUGCUGUCUGCCAGCCGCAAUAAAAUUAACGAACUCAGGAACAAGGUUGAGGAAAUGAAAAUACAAAUUCGAGACUUGGAGCAAGAGAACAAACUGUACAAAAGAAUGCAAUUUAGACAGGAAAAAGCUAUCAAACAAAUUGAAGAGAAAGAAAAUGAUCUGCCCAGUAUAUUGGAAAAACAUAACAAUGAAAUAAGGUCAUUGCGAGAGCAAAAUAGGAAGCUGAAGGAGAAGUUUGAUAAGUCUGAUCGCUACCUGCGUGACGCUGAAGAUGAGCUGGAGAGAGUCAAGAAGAAGAUGAACAAAUACAAGGAGAUGUGUGAGGAGAAGGAGCUGAUGCAGCGCGACGAGCUGAGUCGCAAACUUACAAAAGCUGAGCUGGACGUGGAAGAGAAAGAUAUGAAGAUCAAGGAACUAACUCGACAUCUGGAAGCCCUGAAGAAAAACCACAGACAUGAGCUGGGGAUUGAGGUGGCCAGACAGAAAGACAUGAAAAAGCAGUUGGACGAGCUUUCAGAGAAAAAUUUACAACUGGAAAACCAGCUGAAGGAUAAAGAAAGAGCUCUUGAAAUGAAAAAUAUUUAUAGCAAUCGACCAACUCACUCCUCAAUGGACAACUCGCCAGAUAAUUCCCCCUCGAGAAAGCCAAAGAAAAAGGCCACCUCCCUCACUGAGUUGACCCCACGAGAUAAAGCCAAGUUCUAUGCAGAGAAGAGGCGGGCUGAGGUGAUGAAACAAAAAGAGUUGAAAGCUGAACAAGAGAGAAAGAAAAGAAAACAGUGGGAAGAAGAAAUGAAAGAGAAAGAUGCAACUUCUCCAUCAGAAGAAUCCUAUUACAACCCUGACAGAGAAGUGGAGGAAGAUAAGUCAAGGAGAGAAGAAGAGGAUAAGAAGUGGCGAGAUAGAGAGAAUAGGGAGAAGCAGGAGAAGGAGGAAUUAGAGAGAAAGAAAAAGGAAUUAGAAAAAAGACAAUUGCAUGAAAACAACAAGAAGAAAGAGGAAAAAGAGAGAAAAGAACGUGAGGAGAAUGAAAGGAAAGACAAAGAAGAAAAAGAAAGACGUAAACAAGAGGAAAAAUCUAGGUUGGCUAAAGAGGAGCAGGAAAGGCAGAGACUGGAAAAAGAAAAGAGGGAGGCAGAGAAAGCUGAACAAGAGAGGAAACUGCAAAUGGAGAAAGAAAGGCUGGAAAACGAUCCAAUGUUGAUAGAGGAAAGAAGAAAAAAGGAUGAGCUGCUUAGGAAAUUGAAUUCUAUGAACGAACAGAGCAAUGACCCUUUCACGCCUGCCUCUCCUGUUAUGAAACCCAAGGAUAACUUCCAAAAUGGAAGUGGUUUGAGCAGCCCCACUAAGCGGGGGGAUCCGAAAGAGUAUUCUUUCACCAAACCCAUCAACAAUCUACACAAAGGCAAACCUGCCCACGAGGAUGUCUCAGUGCCUUAUUUACAACACCAGAAGCGACGGCCUUCAAAUGACAGCGCAGGUUACCAGCCAUCAUUUGGUCCACCUAAAAUUGGUGGCAACACAAAAACGAAGCAGCCAUCUCUUUUUGAUGACGACGACUCACCUUUUAAACCAGUUUCCACUUCCAACUCCACGACAAAAGCUGAUAAAAAAUCAACCAACCUUCUUGAAAACUUAUUUGGUCCUCAGGCCACGGCCACAAAAACAUCCAAGCACACAGAUGACCCAUUUUUACUGAGUGACUCUCCCAACAAUAAGGUAGAAAAAACUAGCUCCAACACCACAUUCCCCUGGGAUGCACCACCAAAAAAUAGCAAAAGCAACAAAUCUGUUUUUGAAUCUGAGAAGAAAACUGCCCUAUAUGGUGGAGGGGCAGCAAUAGUGGAUGAUGACGUUGCAUCUACCAACAAAGUUUUGCCGAAAAGACAACGACAACAGAAUGUAAACACUUUUUCCUCAAAGCCUUCAGUGACAGCCGUCAGCAACUUUGACGAUGAAAUUGAAGAAGUGGUUUUAUAAUGAGUAUUUUAUAUUCACUUAGCAAUACCAAAAACUGUGUGAUAAUUGUCCAUAGAUAUAUACUUUAUUUUAAAUUGUAAUACAAGAUUCCAAAUGUUUGCCUAAUAUUUAUUAAUAAUAAAGAAUGUCUUCAUGUGGUAUUCAAAACAGACAAUCUGUGAUCAAACCUAUUCCAUAUUUUUUAAUCUAAAGGUUCUGUUACUGUCCAGUUUUUUUUUAAAUGUCACUGAAUCAUAACAUUGUUUUACUUGAUUUUAAAAUGAAUAGUUUACUUUUUAAAAUGUCAGGGUAGCUAUUGAGAUAAGUCAGGAUAGCUACUGACUGUGUUAAAUUAUAUAUUAUAUUCUAAAGUCAUAUACAUUUUAAUACAUCCAAUAUGACUUUAAUUUCAUACAAUUUUAUUUUAUAAAUGCCUCUUUAUUUCACAAGAAAUGUUUUGACAUUGUUUAGCUUUGUAAUGCAAUUAAGUUAAUUUAUUUUUUAUUUAAACUGAUUACAAUAAAUAAAUACACACAAAUAUGGGGGGGGGGGGGGUGUUUCAACAAAAAUUUCAUACAUUUUUGACCUUAAGGUAAAGUGGAAUUUUUUUAACCAUGCUGUUUUUU